CAGAGUCGAUUCAUACGAGACUACGGCGGAUGGGUUUGGUAUGAUCUGUCGUUCUUCGCGCCCCUCGAAUGGAAGGACAAAUCGGUGACUCUUCGGUUUGGAAGCGCUCACUACCAGACAAUUGUUUAUUUAAAUGGAGACAAUGUGUUGAACCACACCGGAGGACACUUACCAUUUGAGACAUAUGUCACUAAAACGUUAAAAUAUGGUGAAAGUAACUUAAUCACAGUCGCUCUCAAUAACAUACUAUCGGCCACUUCUAUACCUCAGGGAUCCGUUGUCUAUAAAAAUGAUACAAAACUAUUCCCAAAGGGUUUCUACGAAAUGAAAGGAAAUUUUGAUUUUUUCAAUUACGCCGGUAUUCACAGACAUGUCUUCCUCUAUGCCUUACCAAAGGAUCACAUAAACGACAUAUCAAUUACAACCGAUAUUAAAGACACCAAAACAGGUAUUAUUGCAUACAAAGUAGAGCACAGCGAACAGACCUCCAAAGCUGAAUGUGUUGUCGACGUGUUGGACAAAAAGGGUAAUCAAGUCUCGACGGGUAAUAAGGGUUACUCCGGAUCCAUAACUAUACCAAACGCCACAUUCUGGUGGCCGUACACUACGGACCCAAAUCCCGGAUAUCAAUACACUUUGAGAGUGUCUCUCACCGAAGAUGAUAAGACAAUAGACGUCUACUAUUUGAAAGUUGGUAUCAGAACUGUUAGGGCGACAGAAAAGGAGUUUCUAAUCAAUGGAAAGCCCUUUUACUUCAGAGGGUUUGGCAAACAUGAAGACGCAAACAUUAGAGGGAAAGGAUUGGAUCUGCCGUUCAUAGCGAAAGACUUUAAUCUAAUGAAAUGGAUUGGCGCCAACUCUUUCCGCACAUCUCAUUACCCGUAUUCCGAGGAACUGAUGGAUAUGGCGGACGAGACCGGGAUUGUGGUCGUC